GUUCAGUCUCGUUCCACCUUUUUGAAUAAAAAAAUCAUUUGCCGCUGGCCCAAAGUGGCAUUUUCAACACAAAGAUGGGAUGGGGUCGUACCAUUCCCAGCUCAGAAUGCUGGUACGAUCCACUCGCUGCUAGAGUGGACGUGGUUUCUGUCGUCAACAUCAUCAGCAACAACAACAACGACAACAGUCGCUCAAACAGCGUUAUACUCUUGUCUGAGCGAGUCGGAUAGCGUCUCUGAGAGAUCACUCCUCACUCAUUUGGGCACGAUGGCCACAACAUACGACUACACCUCAGCUUCGGACGAUCAACUGUUCACUUUUGAAGAUGUCUCGCCCAAUUCGUCGUCUUUCUUACACAACGAUAUGAACUACAGCACUUCACCGCCUACGUCAAAUGGUCAGAACGCAAACACGUUCCAUCAUCCGGCGUACCUUGGUGUACCUCCGUCUGUCCUGUCAAGCUCGGGAGGAGGGCCCACCAUGAAUGACUUUACUCACCGACAACAACAGCCAUUCAGUGGAUACCUCUCUCGACCACCUUCCUUAUCUCCAUCUUCAUCUCAACCUUUGGCUCCUUCUUCCCAUUCACCUUCUUCCGCCAGUCCUUCUUCCAAUUACUCAUUCAACCUCAAUGGGUCGAUCAAUGGAAGUGGGACAGACGAAAUGUUAUUCAACAAUUCUUUCUCGUCCUCCGAUCUCGAUGCCUUAUUCCUCGGUAACACGAGUGCUGCUGCUGCUGGCGGGAACAAUCACAACCACGUCAAUGACAAGAGUGCCGAUGCAUCUCAGCAGCAACAGAAAUUCAAUCAACCGUUCUUCUUACCUCAGACCACCGCUUUCCCAGCUAUCAACAACAAUCUGAGCAAUGAUUUCGGUGGAAUGACACAGGAAGACGCCAUGACUAUGCUCAAUCUCAUAGAUGCAAAUGGUUUGAGUGGCGCCAAGGUCACUCAGCCCGUACAGGUCCCGUCCCUGCCUCAGACUAUUCGACCCCAAUGGAUGAAUCAAUCGGCUCAGAGUGUUCAGCAAUCUCCAUACAAUACCAUGCCGUUCGUUCCGCAGCAACAGGUCAAGUCGACACCAUCCCUCCCCCCUCAUGCAGCUCCUAUGCCGCCCUUCGUACCUCCUGCACGACACACACCAUCCAUCUUGGCACCAGCACUCGUCCCUUCCAAUGUCAUUCCGCGCCGCAAGAGCGUCAAGGCCGACGCCGCCGAAGCCACGGUAGGCAAGCACAACAAGACAGAGAGAAGAUAUCGUCAAAAAGUCCAAGCUGCUCAAGCCGAUCUGCGAGACUCCGUCCCAGCACUUCGAGUGUUGUAUGGCACGUCAACGGAUGAACAAAGGGCCACGACGGAUUAUCGAGCCGCGGACGGGACAGUCGAUGGAUUAGGUGAAAUCGGUCGACCAAACGCCAGUGCCAAGACCACCAUCUUUCUCGGUGCGAGAAUGUACAUUGAGCUACUGCAGUACCGUGUCGCAACGCUACAACGAAAGGUCGGAGAACUCGAAUCUUUCCGAAUGGCUGUGGCUGGUGAAGACGAAUUGAUGCAUUGGCGAGCCGACUUUGACGCCAGAGAGAAAGAGCUGCAAGCUAGCAUGCCUGUCAAAUCGGAAUCAGAGGAAGAUGGAGGGGACGACGAUGACUCGAGCGAAGAGGACGAACCAAAGAGGAAAAAGGCGAAACGAACUACCGCUGCCGGCGGUCGAUCCAAAGCCAAUUUGACUGCUUUCGCGGCCUUUGCCAUGUCCUUUACGCUCCUCCCAUCGGCUUCGUCAGUCGUUAGAAGCGUGACCACCUCGACAGGUACAAGCAUACCUGAUGGACACGUCUUGGCCCGAGUCCCCAUCAUUACUGCUGAACACGUUUCGAGGCUGCUCGCGAGGGCUCUACCCGCCAUAGUCACGCCUGGACCCCAGACUUUGAUCGACUGGACUUGGCGUUUGGUCUUCGGUGCUAUUUUGUAUUACGCCCUUCGACCCAUCUUUUCUCGAAAGCAGGAAUCUGUGGGCAGCGUCACGGAAGUCAUCAAGGACGUGACUAGAUUGGCUCUACCAAGAAGAGCAGAAGAUCCCAGGUGGACGAAUCUCGCUGCGGGCAUCGUCGGCAAAGCCACUCCGGUGACGCCGUUCACUCGUGCGCACGUCGUGCUCCGCUUGCACAACACUGCGUCGUCGCCUCACGCUCUGGCGCUUUUGGCCUUGCUCCACCCUUCUGUCCUCCGAUCCCCUAAGAGCAUCUGGGAAGAAGCAAGGUCUAAGCUCACUAUCGACUCCCCAGCAGCGCUUCGAGUUGUCCUCGCUCUGCCAUUGGAAGACGCCGCUCGAUCCUUGUCACUCUUGCCCCCUACGCCUUCACCCAUUACUGCCAUGGCUGAGCAAGUCACGCUGGUGCACAUCAAUGAUCUCGUGACGUCUCUCUUCAUCCGACUGGUCAACUCGUCCACUGGCUCGUCCGAGACUUCCAAAAGCUCGAUCAAGGAUCUCACUGCGAAUCUAUCAGCUUCGUCCCUCUCUUCCGACCUCAAAAGCUUUGACAGAGAGAUCCGUAAAGUCCUCGAGGGUGUACCCAAAGGAACUACUGCUCAUGCUCUCGGUCUGGUCCUCAUUGGCAUCUGGGGAAUUCUGUGUGGCGCUUCCACUGAAGCUCAACUAUCUCUCGCCAGUGCUUUAACGGGAGAAGAGCUCCAAGGUGUAGGAUCCAGUCUAUCAUCCGUCCAAGCCAUGUUGGCCUUGUUGAUUCCUGAUGGACAUGCCUUCAAGUCGGUCAGCGCCUCAAACGCCUCCUUAUUACCUUCCAACGCACUUGCCAUUGACAAGCUCGCACUGGUUUGUAUCGAAUAUAUUCGUCUACUGGCAUCUGCAUCCAUGAUCAACGAGGAGACUGAGAGUCGAAUGGAGAGAAUGCAAGUCUCAAAGAGAGUGUCAAAGGCCUCCACGGAUCUUCGCUCAAUCUUGACCCAAACGACCUUUGUGGGUCUUCAAUCGGGCGAGUCCGGCAGCGUCGGCGCCGGCGCCCGCUCCGGCUCAGGUGAAGGGGAGGAAGACGCGGAAGGAGACCUGUUUGACUCAGACGACGUCGUCGAGAGCAACGAGUCCAGUGCGGAGUUUGAACGUGCUCGCGAGAUUUUGGUAGGGGUUUUGACGGUCGUAGGUAGACGCGCGGCUAGUCGAGCCAUGGGAAGAGAUGAUGAUUCGGGACUCGAAGGGGAUUUAGAUGACUUGUAGAAGUGAGGUGAGAUGAGGUGAGGUGAGGCGAGGCGAGGCUAGGCUGGGCGGCCCGCGUUGCAUCGCCCCUUUCGUCUUCCGGUAGAUUGUUCUCAUGUAUCGCUUGACUAUUGCCCUGUUCGAUUUCAUGAUCAAUGCAAGAUUUCGCCAUG